CGCUCGCAUCCGAGGCUUGACUUGUGGGUUGGAAACAGUUAUAGAUCGUCUACUUAGCAUAACACAGAGGCUGCAAAGAUGGUUGAUCAGUUUGUUGGGACGUGGAAGAUGGUCACCAGUGAAAACUUCGAUGAAUACAUGAAGGCAAUCGGUGUUGGAUUUGCAACCCGGCAGGUGGGAAACCGUACCAAGCCCAAUCUGGUCGUGACCUCAGAAGACGGAACGGUUUGCCUGAAGUCGCAGAGUACAUUCAAAACAACAGAAAUCAAGUUUAAGCUCAACGAACCGUUUGAGGAGACGACUGCAGAUGACAGGAAAACAACGACCGUGGUGACCAUGGAUAAUGGCAAACUUGUGCAGAAACAGACCUGGGAAGGCAAGGACACAUUCAUCGAGAGGGAAAUCGAGGAUGGAAAGUUAGUAGCGAAAUGCAAGAUGGGCGACGUGGUGGCGGUGAGGACGUACGUGAAGGAGUAGGUUUGCCGGACGGCCCCGGCGCUGACGGGCUCAGUUCAAUGAGCGCAGACGACCAGCGAAGGCGCGUCCUGCACUUCUUAUCUUAUUUCUCAACCGUGUUGCCAAAGCGAAACAUUUAUAUGCCUCUUUUUUUCAACGAUGAUAUUCAUUCGAUACCAAGCAUUGUUGUGGUGAAAUGAAUGACAAAUAAAAUGUAACAAAAAAAAUGCAGAAAGAUAUUGAAUAAAAUGUGUCCAAAUUUAAA